UGCCCGGUGGCCUGAGCAGACGCGGUAGGCAGCUUCCGGUAGUCAAGGCAGGGGGGCCCAGAGCACACGCUAUGUCUUGCUUCAGCAGCCCUAAAUACAAGACCGGGGACCUGGUGUUUGCCAAGUUAAAGGGCUAUGCCCACUGGCCAGCGAGGGUCGAACAUUACACUGAACCCAACCGCUACCAGGUGUUCUUCUUCGGGACCCAUGAGACCGCCCUGCUGGGUCCCAAGCAUCUGUUCCCCUACGAGGAGUCCAAGGAGAAGUUCGGCAAGCCCAACAAGAGGCGCGGCUUCAGCGAGGGGCUGUGGGAGAUCGAGCACGACCCUAUGGUUGAGGCCUCCCCUUGCCUGUGCUCAGAAGAGGAGCAGAGCUUCGCUGAGGAGUCUGGGCUGGUGGAGGAGCUGGAGCUGGAGCUGGGGCAGGAGCUGGGGCAGGAGCUGGGGCAGGAGCUGGAGCCGGAAUCCAUGCCUGAGCUGGAGGCAGAACCUGAGAUGCCGGAGACCGAGUGUGAGCAGGAGCCCGAGCCCCAGGCUGCCUAUGACCUGCUGGAUGCCGCUGUGGAGGAGCCGGGCCUCGUCGAGGCCGAGGCAGGAGAUCAGCAAGCCGAGCAGGUGCAAGAGCAGCACCCUGAGGCUGAGGCAGAGGCGGAGGCCGAGGCCGAGGCCGAGGCCGAGGCCAAGCCUGAGGCCAAGCCCGAGGUGGAGGAUCCGGGGUGUCUGAAGAGGAGCGCGGAGGAUGAACAGCCUCAUUGUCCUCUCAAACGGCCCAGGGAGGAGGCUCCUGGCGCGCUGGAGAUGGAGACGGCUGGAGAGCGCGAGGCUGAGGCCUGCCCCUUCGUGGAGGAGCCUGACCAAGCCCAGGAGCUGCUGCCUCCGUUGGAGGAAGAGGCCACAGAAAGGGUGGUCCAGGGCCUGAUUGUUGGAGAAAUCGAAGUCCUGUAGUCAACGUCAACGGUGUUUGUUGAAGAGCCCUUUUUACCCGUUCCUGCUGCCACCUGGCUGUGGCUUGGGAAACCCACCAGGGCCCAGGCUUCACCCCAGUCCACCUCUCCUUCAUUCACUCACCUUCUGACAAGCCUAAAUUGCUGGCAUGAAGGGACAGGCUUAAGUUGACAUCAACUUUGUGGCUUAAGUCGUGGCCACCCUUCCCACCCUAAACUCUUAGGGGCAUUUUGGACCUCUGCCUAGGAACCAGUAGUGAAGAGGGGUGGAAGAUAAAGAGCAGGGACAACAUUCAAAGGUCUGGAAGGAACAGUCUGUAAACUAUGGCCAUGCUAGUCUUCCCCACAUCCACCCUGAGUACCUGUCUCAUCCUCCCAUAAUUCCUUUCAGAGUAUCGUAGGUUUGGGGAAAGUGAGAUAGCAGUGUCCAGUAAAGAUUUUUUGUUGUCCCUGGCACUUUCUUUUUUAAUUUCUUACAAAAACAUUUGGGGCUCCCAAGUCAUAAGAUCUGAAGACUUUUCCUGCCCUUUUGGGUUGAAGAGGUGAGACAUUAUCCUCUCCACACCUCUUGGGCCACUGAAGGAUGCCCUGAGGAAACUUCUGCUGCUCCUUUGAAUCCACCCUGGAGCCCCAAGCCUUUAUUUCGUACAUAUAUAAUUUAAACAUAAGAAUACUUUAGAAACUGUUUUUAUUUUAAAAGGAAUUUUACUAUAUUUAGAUCAACCUUUGGUUGUGACUCCUAGUUUUCCUGUGGCCAAUCUCAUAUCCCUUAUUGCUUGAGGUUUGAUGACCUGCUUGUUAAGGUCUUGCUUUCCUUAAGGUGCUGCAAUUUCUAUCUGCAUGUCAGCACCUGGGCCCCUCAGUGUUGUCACCUACUGCAAAAUGUACUCAGAAGUUGAGUGUCCCUUCCCAGCCUCUUCUGUCCUUACUUAACUUUGUACCUGGACCCUCUUGGCCCUGCUCUUUCCCCUUGGGCUCUGAUGGAAAAAAACAACAACAACAAAAUAACUAUGCCUUUGGAGGUUUAGAUUGGAGAACCGUAGACUAUUUCAGUACUAGGAAAUAAAACCGUUGAUUACUUUAAAA